GCUUCAAAUGGUCCGUUGGACCAACGAGUGGCGGAAGGAGGACAAGAACAGAAAGGAGCUACGCAUUGAGGAAUGAGCGGGAAAGGAAGCGUGCUGCCGCCGUUUUGAAGGAGCUUGAGCUCCAAAAACAAAGUGUUGGCUGAUGCCUUGCAGGUGUCCCUCAUCCAAACCAAAAUAAACUCUUUAAAGCAGUGAAACACAACACUGAGGCGUCGUGCGCGGGCUAAGAGUAUGUCAGCUAGGACAGUUGAGGCUGACUUACGAGCUGAUGAGAGAAUAACAAUUGUGACAAAGUUCGGGCCUCAUACCACUGAGCUUGCAUCAGUUGAUAGAAAUAGCUCGUAUUCGAAGAUAUUUGUUUCUGUAUGUAUUUAAUUUUUAUUCGUAUUUGAGAAUGUCCGACUCCAUUUGCAAUUUUUUUCGGAGACAUUUUUUUUUGCUGUGCAUUUUACUAACCCCUCCCUUCUAUUCUCUUUUUGAAUAACAUAAACACUACUCCUUAGUAUUCAAAUUGGAUUAAUUCGUUUUUUUUUAUUUUUUAUAUGCUUACUAGAGAGGGACGUACAGCAUCGGGCGAUAUGGUUUCAGCCCGUCUUGAUAUAAAACAGUUCUGCAUCACUCAGGGAAUUUCGCAAAGGCACUCAGGGAAAACCUGGCAAACUCAGCUAAGGAAUUUGGAAAUGUCAACUUGGUAAACACCCUGUUUAAUAAAGAACAAGCUUAAGAGGAAGCUUUAGCUCGAUGCUCCUAUCUAAAUACAUGUAAAAGGAGAAUUCGUUUUUCUCGGCAAACAUAUGUUUGCUUGGCGACUAGCAGGAAGUUUUUCUAAAGUAGGCUGACCUAGCGGGCGUCCGCCGGCACAGUGCUCAACCCUGUUAUCGCAUCAGAUGCAAUGGCGUCUGCCUAUCAAGCAAAAUCUUUGUACGAUUUUGACAGCAAAGACAAGAGGCUGCUUAGCUUUAAACAGGACGAAAAAUUUAUUGUUAUUGAGCAACUAUGCAAGGAUCCAAACUGGUAUUAUGCUGUGAGCGAGAAAGGGAUAGCUGGAUUUGUUCCGGUCACCUACAUCCUCCGGGAAGAGAGCGAGCGAGAGGAGUUCCUGGAGCUUGUGGAGAAAGCACUCGAAGCGCUUCAGAACAGCACUUCGAGCCUAGACGAAGGAAACACCAGUUUCAUGAGCUUGCAGAGAAAGGCCCUUAGGUACAGUAACGCUCUUUUACGACUGCAUCACCUCAAAGAGAGUUUACGAAGUACAUGUGAAGGGCCACUGCGGGACACACCACGAGAGACUGCUUUGGGCCACCAGUCACCUAGUGACUUUCUACAGGAAGAAUACUCGCGCAUCAACUCAGACUGGAUCUCUGAAAAUCUUGCUGGUGCUGACCUUUGUUCUUUGGAACCAAGUCCACGGUCCCAGCCAAGCAAGCGAUCUGCCUCAUUAACUGCUGCUGUAGAGGAUCCCCACCUGCCAACCCUAGCUGCUGAGCUGAUUGAACAGGUUCGAAGCCAGACACAGCUGAGCCAUAGCCUUUCACGAGUGGCCGUGUUGGCUGUGCUUCGCUGCCUUUCCACAUCCUUGCCAGACUCAUCCUGCCCUUGGGAAGCUCUUCUGGACAGUGUACUCAAGGCUGAGGAGUGUGAAAAACCCUUGGUGGCCAGCCAGGAUGGAGAUAGACUCCAGCUUAUUUUUCGAAGGCUAUGGAACUGUAAAAAUGAUGACCAGCAGCGCAGUUGGCCAAUUCAUGAGGAUGAAGCACUCAUCCUGGGUCUUCUAGAAGAGCUGUACACCAUCUUGGUUGAUGCUGAUCCUCGAGUCUCCCGAUCAGUUGUGCAAGCUGAUGAAUAUGACUGUGUCUCAACACUAGCCCUUUACUAUCAAAUGGAACCACGAGCCUCAUUGCGUGUGUGGAUGCUGCGAGUGUUCCUGACACUGUGCGAACUGGACCUACAGGUGGUCUCACUGCUGUUACACUCAGUGCUACCUAUGGAGCUGGCACGUGACCUCCAAUCAAACACUGAUGACAUAGAGCGAAUGAAGUAUACAGCUCUUCUUCUGACCGUCAUCUUCUCUACUGGAGAAAAGCCGCCGAAUAAUGUUUAUGAGCAUGUGGGUGAGCAGUUUGUGACAUUCCUGCUGGACACAAUCGAAUCUGUUGAAAUGGAGGAAGAAGUUGCAGAGCUUUCACUGGGCUCACUUCUCUCUCUCAACCUGCACCUUCAGUCUGAAGCAGACAACUUUGUUCUUCGGACACUAGCGACUCGCAAAGAUGCCCGGGCACUUACCGAACGACUCAUGCUACUUGUCAAUCGAGAAGAUGACCCUGCUCGAGUGCUAACCCAUGAAGUUGCAGGAGUUCCCAACUCGGUGCUAAAGAUGCUUGCUGAGCUCUUUUCAGACAGCACAACAGCUGAACUUUUCUACUUGAAUGAUGUUGCUGUCCUGGUGGACAUUGUAGCCAGGCAGCUAAGUGACCUGCCACCUGGUGAUAAGCGACGGCUUCUGUAUCUUUCCUUGGUGGAGCACUUGCUUGGUUCCACUCAGUAUGAGGGUCAUCGUCAAGUAGAGCUUCGACGCUGCUUUGAGGGGGCACUCGCGCAUGAUGAGUCAUCAGCUGAGGAAAAGGAGAUUGUGCGUCGCAUUCAAAUGACCUGGCCUCAGUGGUUUCGUACAGACUGAGCCAGCAAUCAUUCUGCGUGACCUCUACCAAGACUGUUGGCAAGCCUAUCUGUAAGGCUGCAUCUUCAGCAGCUGGCCCAUCCUGCUGCCCCCAGUUUUUGAUUGUUUUAACAUGCAAGUGAUUGGAUUUUCCUGUCUACUUAAAAAUAUGGUUAUUUCAAUUUGUUAACUUCUUUUUUUUUCUUGCAGCAACUGGGUUACUUUGAUUUCCUUUCUUUUCUUUUGGUGGGGAAGGGGGACCAAGCUUUGCCUAUAUCCUUCCCUUUCAACCCCUCUCCCCCUUUCCUUUUACAAAGAAUUUCAUAGAGGUGUCUUUCAGUGAGUGAACUAUGCCAAAAAUCACGAGAAAAUAACUGCACAAUAUUGCUGCAGCUACAACUUUUGUGCCUUCAGUUUCUUCUUUUCUUUAAGUGAAGGUGGGUCAUCUGGCAUCUUUUAUGUGUUUGUUUUAUGGCAUACUUAUUGUUUUUUUAAUUAGUCUCCUUGCAUCUGGUAAAAUACUCGCAAGCAAGUAAUUUAUGUGAUGGUCAUGCCACAUGCCUGCUCUUAGAGACAAUAUCAUUCUCAUUAAUAGGCAUUGAUCAGAGAAGGUAAGUCAAUGGAAUAGUGUUAGGUAUUGUGCAGCUUUGUCUCCUAUAUGUGACCAAGACUAGAGUAUGAUAAAUAAAUUUGUAUUGUGAUAUAUUGUUCA